UGACACCUCAGUUUUGAUUCACAAAAUCUACGGUGAUUCGGUUUCUCGUAAACACAGAAUUUUAUUUAAAGAUAAAUUGUUAAGUCUCAUUUGAAUACAAAUUAAAUGAUUCGUAACGUAAACAUAUCAGUUUGAUGUAGUUAUAAUAAAGAUGGCGGUAUUAAGUUGGAUAAAAGUAGUGUUUUUAAUCGGUUUACCAUACAUAUGUAUGCAAGAAAAUAUCAACAAAGGCGAAAUUAUUUUCCACUAUAACAAUACAUACAAAUAUAAUGUUCCAUACACAAUCUCGGUUAACAAGAGUACUGAAUAUAUACUGGAGUUUGCUGGGGAGACGGAGGCAUACGACACUCCGGCCCGAGUGACGGUGGCGAGUGAUUUCGCGAAUAAAACAUACCCCUUGUUUAUUACAGCGAGACAACAAAAGGGUGUGUUCUCCUGGCAGCUCCCAAUGCUAGUCCAGACCCCAGUCAGCUUGGAGCAGUUCACGAAUAUAUCUCGAACACUAUGCCCUCACAAUAACAUGUUUACAGAUGACGAAGAUACUUGUGAUGUUUCUACACAAAACACACCAAUAAUACAUCUAACAUCAUCAUCACCGGAUUCGAUAAAUGUUACCAUUUUAGUAGAAACCGUCACAGAUUUCUUCGUCCGUUUAAAUUCUACCACGAAUUUAACAAUAACGCCAAGCCAACCGAUGUAUUAUUUCUUCCCGUUCGAUCAGUCGAAUGAUCUGGACCUGUCUUACCGACACGCGAAAAGGAAGUAUUUGUGUAACACAGAAUUGAAUGAUGAUGAACAAACGACUUUGCAUAAGCAUUAUUUGAUGAGCAACUUGGAUUCCCACAGCUGGUUGUAUCGACCUAAGAGUGUGAUCGUCAUGAUUGAAUCGGACGAUGAUAUAUGUGCUGUUGUUUCGAUACAGAAUUUUUCGUGCCCAGUAUUUGAUAAUGAGAGAGAUAUAUUAUACGAUGGAUAUUAUUUAACUAUGACGCGAAGAGGCGGGAUCACUCUCACACAAGACACAUUCCCAGUUGGUUUCUACAUAGUGUUCAUUGUGAAGACAUCAGACGAGGAUUGUACUGACAAGGCCGGCAACAAUACACUACCUCGCGUCGCGCACUACCUGGGCUGGGCCGAGGAGGAGGUAGUGCAGUUAGUGACCAACGAUGGCCGGGUCAAAACCUUCAGUUUCAGGAUAAUUCAGACGAUAUCUUACCAGGAGUACGCUAUAGCCGCGGGCGCGGUGCUAGCAUUCUUCAGUUCCUUCUAUGUAGCCUUCAUCAUAGCCGUGUUCUGCAGGAAGAAGGUCAUAGGUCACGGACAAGGUCAAGGUCAACUGGUGACCAGUGAGGAAGAGGGUCUCUCAACUCCCCCAGUCCCCCAGGACUUGCCCAGCAGUGGGCCCACACGCCGCCGCCGCGUGGCCAUAGACUCGCACAGCGGCGAGAGCUCGCGACACUGUCUCGUUGGUGAAGGGGACAUGUACGCUGAACAGAGAACUUGUCCAGAUGGCAGUUCAUCAUCAGAUACUGAAUCAGAUUUCUCAACUCUUGACGAUGUGAACACGGAUAAGGAUAUCUACAGAUUAGGCGGGAAACUGUGUGUUGCCAACUUAGCUAGAUGUCGUCCGCGCGUGCUCUCAGCUAGAUCCAAGAUGUAUCUGUGGAAUGUUUUGACUGUCGCCGUGUUUUACACCUUGCCUGUCAUACAGCUAGUCGUCACUUAUCAACGGCUGCUGAACCAGUCGGGCAACCAGGACCUGUGCUACUUCAACUUCCUGUGCGCGCACCCGCUGCUGGUGCUGUCGGACUUCAACCACGUGUACUCCAACCUGGGCUACGUGCUGCUGGGCCUGCUGUUCCUGGCGCAGGUCUGGCGCAGGCAUAGCACGCACCAGAACAAGACGCCCGAACAGAAAGAGCUAGGCAUCCCGCAACACUUCGGGCUGUUGUACGCGAUGGGCAUAGCGCUGGUGAGCGAGGGCCUGCUGUCCGCCGCCUACCACGUCUGUCCCAACAGCAUGAACUUUCAAUUUGAUACAUCAUUCAUGUAUGUGACCUCAGUGCUAUGCAUGGUCAAGAUAUACCAGUCUCGACACCCGGAUAUCAACGCGAGGGCACACGCGACCUUCGGAGUGCUAGCUUUAAUUAUAUUUAUUGGUCUCGUUGGAGUGCUGAACGCUAACUUCUACUUCUGGAUAGCGUUCACUGUCCUUCACCUCGUGACUUGCCUCAUCAUGACCUUCCAGAUAUACUACCUGGGCAGGUUUAGACUGGACGGCGGGCUGGUGUCCCGCGCGGCCCGCUCGCUGCUGUCGCGGCCGCUGGCCGCCAUCACGCCCACGCACUGCGGCCGCUGCGUGCUGCUGCUCAUCGCCAACCUCGCCAACUGGGCCAUCGCCGCCUACGGCGUCGCCCAACACAGCCGCGACUUCGCCUCUCACCUGCUGCUGGUGCUCAUGAGCAACUUGUUCCUCUACACUCUGUUCUACAUCGUGAUGAAGUUGCUGCAUCGGGAGUCCAUACGGUGGUACAGCUGGGUGUUCAUCGCGAUGACGUACUCCAUAUGGUUCGGAUCCAGCUACUUCUAUUUAGACCAGAAUACUAAUUGGGCGCUGACCCCAGCGCAGUCGCGUCAGAACAACAGACAAUGUUCUCUACUACAAUUGUACGACUCUCACGACAUUUGGCACUUCCUCUCCUCGACCGCCAUGUUUUUCUCAUUCAAUAUGUACCUAACCAUAGACGAUAAUCUCUCUAGAACUCCGAGAAGUAACAUUAUGGUAUUCUAAGUUAAUUCAGUGGAAAUCGAUUUUUGGUAACGAAAUGUGUUUGGGUAAGUGUGAGUCUAUGCUCGCCAUUGUAAGGGUCCUGUACAAAAAACUGUUUAUUUUAAAACCUACAUUUGAAUGGUUUUUUUUGUAGGUAAAAAAUAUUCAAGAUGAAGAGUUUUUUGUAUCUAAUAACUUUUGUGAGGCUUAUUCAUAAUUUUAUUAUUUAUUUAAUAAUGGUUUAUUCAUGAUUUUCGGUUGGGUCUGAAACUAGUCGGGCGAUUUUAAUUAAUACGCGUGAAUCUUUAUUAAGUGAAUGAAAAGUAGUUUAUAUUAAAAUGUAAAUUAUUUCGUAUAUUGGCUCAAAUUUGAAUUAUUUUAUACCAUGACAAC